CAUGUUCUCCUCCCUGUAGUCUUCACACUACAGCUCUUCUUCUUCUUCUCCUUUUCAUCAUCGUCAUCGCAGCCGGCAGGACAACAGCAGGCUUUGACCCAAAGCAGCAUGACGACAGAAACCCACACACACGUUGCGGAGCAGGAGCACGCCGACAACACCAAGGAUAGGGUCGUGAGGAGGGACGGGGUGUUUCGCUCCGUGCUGCGCGGCCUCUUCUGGCCCUUUGGCAUUGUGGUCCGGACGUACCGCGGGUUCUGGUGGGUGCUGGGCUUCAGACAGCCGCAGGAGAAGGUCCUCGUCACAGCCUCGGUCUCCAGCCCCGGACGCCAGAGCCUCGCCGGCCGCAAGCGCCUGCACCGGGUCACCCGCCUGCUGCUGUCCGUCCUGCCCCGCUGGGUGCAGGGGGCCCUGGGGUACCCGGUGUCCAGCAGCAUUGGGCGCUCCCUCUCUCCAGAAAUCAGAGUCUCUCCUACUAAACCUUGCGGAAAGGGCAGUAAGAGGAAGCAGGAUGAGCUGGAGGAUGAGGAGGAAGAAGAGCACCAAACCUGGGUGGAGGCGCUCAAUCAGGAGCUCGCCGAUGAUGACUCCCCUGAGGAGGAUCCUGACUACGAGCCCAGUACUGUAGAGACGGAGAGCGAGGAGUACCGCUCGCACAACAACACGGAAAGUGACAUUGAGUUUCAUGAGAAAGGCGGGGUCAUCAUUGAGGAUGUCAAAACGGAUGUUGAGCUGUUCACUCCAGCUGAAGUCUCUUGCCCUGCUGAUUAAUGUGUCAUAUUGACAGAUGUAUUGUUUCAGUGUGUUUAUGUUUUUUUUGUAUAUUAAUUCAAUAAAACUUUAUCCUCAUGCCUUGAAA